GGCACUUUUGAGAGAAGUGACUGUAAUCCAUCCACAGCGUUUUGCCUUUGGCGUACAGUGCGUAAAAGCGAAACUGAAGAGUGUCGGAGCGCGUCUCCACGGACGCGUGUGGCUCCGGUCAAAGCGUAAGCACUGUGUGAGUGAGAGGAAGAGUUCGGUGGGGGCGCGCAUUUCGGAGAUCACUCCGCUUCGCUACUGCGCUACGAAAGUGGACCACUUGGAAUACGGCCUCACUGUCCCAUGCCAUCCUCCGGUCUAUGAAACAUUUCGGCUGGAGUGAGGGAAAGACAGAAUGGAGGCGACUGAAGGAGGCGAUCAGGUCUGUCAGGACUGAAAACAAGAGCGCGCAAUGGAGAUGACUUCCCGCUUCUCGCAUUUCGACUCGAAGGUGGACAGCAGAAACUGUGACGGACUCGUCAACCACAACGGCGAGACGAUGGAGAUCAGAGUGCCGCUGUCGCCGUCGGGGAAGAGACUCAGCCCGAUCGAGGGGGGAAAUCUCUACAGACUGCGGGACAGAAAGUUUCUUCUGGAGGACAAGAAGCGCCUGUGCUCGUGGGCUCUGGGAACCGCGUUGUUGGGAAUAAUGUUAAUGAUAUUACAUGCUGAACUGUGCCCUGUCGUGUACCAACCAGGAUCUGUAUAUGCACUCUCCAUAAACGGUCUCAUCAGCUUCUCCACAGGGUGUCUGCUCAUUCUCAUCAUUGCCUUCCAUUAUAAAGACAUCAGACUUUUCAUCAUCGACCACAACCAGGUGGACUGGCGCAUUGCCAUGACCAGUAACCGGGUGCUUGGCAUCUCUCUGGAGCUCGUUGUAUGUGCUAUCCAUCCCGUGGCCACCUACCUGAGGCCAGCCAUGGGGAACAGGCUGGGGGAAAAAUCUGAGGGAAAUUCCUCUGCUCCCCUCUGCUUGUCCUCAAGUCACAAAGAAGUCAUGCUAGAUGUGGAGCUGCUGCUUUCGGCCCUUAUGUUCCUGAGGCUUUAUCUGGUGCACAGGGCCGUCCUGUUGCACAGCAAGGUUCUCCUCAGCGCUUCCUACAGGAGCAUCGGCUCCCUCAACAACAUCAAUUUCACCUUUCGCUUUGUGCUCAAGCUGUUAAUGAACCAGUAUCCUGCCCGCACGCUGCUGGUCUUCAUCAUGUUUUUCUGGCUCUCAGCAUCCUGGAUGCUGCGACUGUGCGAGAGGCAGGAACAAGUGGAGACAGGUGGCAUGGGCACAGCGCUGUGGCUAAUUGCCAUCACCUUCCUCACAGUGGGCUAUGGAGAUGUGUCCCCUCAUACCAGCUGUGGCAAGGUGGUUUGUCUCUUCACAGGUGUUAUGGGUGUGGCAUGUACUGCUAUGUUGGUAGCAGUCAUGACUAAGAAGUUGGCGCUCAACAAAGGAGAGAAACAUGUGCAUUUCUUCAUGAUGGACAUUCAGAUCUCCAAGCGGAUCCGGCAUGCUGCAGCCAACGUAUUAAGAGAAUGUUGGCUGCUACAUCGAACCACCCAGGAAAAGGACAACAGUGGAGAACAUCGACAUCAUCAAAGAUGUUUGCUGGAGGCCAUUUGUGUGUUUUGAUGUCAGAAAAAUACAGGGCAUCUUUUAUGUUAUUUUGACCUCUUUGACCUUGUUAUAUUUUAUGUGAGCAUAACAAAAAAUAGUUUUGUUCUGUUUAUAUAUCCUCCUGAGACCCAGCAAUUCAUUUUUGUCCACUAUGGUGGAAAUGAGUCUGAGACGUCUAAUGCAUCUAAAUCCUACUGUACUGUUUAGGGGACAUGCCGCAUUUUUGGGGUUGGGGCUUACAGAGCGUAUAUAUUUUCUUUUCUAAAUGCCUACUUUACUACUUUUGUUUGAUAUCCAUUGUAGUGGACAUCAGGAUUUACUAACUCCUGUUUUUAUUACAUGAAAAUAUGAUAUUACAUGUUGUGAUCAAGCAAGAACAAUUUACCAACCAGGCCAUGAGCGUGUGUUCAAUGAAACUGUCUAUACUGUAUGUAACACCUGUUUAAACAUUUAAUAUAACAUUCUUUCUUCACACACUCAAUAAAAAAAAUUAACUAAAGAAAUAUUUAUCUUGACAACAAAUGUUGAUUAAAAUAUGAUUUGUGCCAAAGUUUUCACUGUUU